GCCUUCAGACCCGUUUUUACCUGUAUUUCUCUAAGCACACUGCAUUUCCUCUUCCAUUUCCCUCCCGCCAACAUUUCCCUCUUGAAGGCAUGUUAGGGGGGCGUUCGACUGAAUUUUUCCCCUUAGCAGCAUCAGUAGCACAGACCCUGCCUCCGACCACACUACGCUGUUCCUGCGUGCUUUUUUUCCUGAGGUUGGGAAGCAAGAUUAUGCACAAGGACAGCGAAUAAAGAGCACCAAAACAAAGCGCGUCGUCUUUCACCGUGGGGGAUUCCGUGGUCCGUGCAGGAGCAUCUCUGGCACGCGCUGAUUCGCGUGAAAGGAGCACAAAACAGGUAGAAACUUGAAGAGGUUUUCAUUUUUUCACGCCUGGGCUUAUAUCCGGAUAGACGGGGGCGCUUUACUUCCAUGUCUGUAGUAAUUACACACAUGAAGAGGAUUGGAGGCUACAUGAAAACCAAAGAGGCGGGUGGGGGCUUGUUUUAAGAAAUGGGUCGUUGUGGUUAAUGUCUCUAUUGUACCGGAACAAGCCGGGGAGUGUGGACUGAGGGAUUCUGCUAGCGAAACCAUGUCGACCUGGUUGAACCUAGCUAACAUUAACACUUAGCUUUGUGGAUUUCCCUACUAGAUUAAAGCUAACAAACAGUGGGAUCUGAAUGAUUUAAUGACCCCGUGAGACUGAUUUCCACAUUAUAAAUGAUCGAGAAGUCAAGUUUAACGUCUGCGUAGCUACGUGGGAACAGCCCGGGGUCGGCUGACAGUACCAGUCGGUUCGGUACAGUGGACAGGCUUCAUGGCCCCGGUCACAUUCCCGUCUUUUUCCACUCAGCGGCUCAUGCGCCGAACACUUCACUCAAACGCUCACACACGGUAUUCCUCCACCUUCAAAGGGGUUCCUAUGGUAAUUAGUGUAUACAUCCAGAGUGGGUAUGUAUGCUGCAGGCCGCAGCCUAUCACAGCGCUCACUGCUGGGACUUGUUUACAUGGAAAUCCGGGACGGGUGGGGGAGAGCGCUAACCUUUCCUCCGGUACAUCCUGCUCGGUUAACACGCGGCUGAAGGGAAAGAGAAGAAAUCAUGGCUGCCCGGUGUGAAUUUAUGGAGGCGACCUCUGUUUCUAAAUAAAUAUGAUGCAAAGUUGUCUGUCAGUCACAAAUCAGUGUUGAACUCAUCAUUAAACUUGACACCUGGAGAAAAUCUUGUCCCGUUUAGAUGAUUAUCACUUUCAGUACCAAUAAUGUAAUUUUUUAUAAAUUAAGUGCUGUAGGCUUUGUUUCAUACACUGUAAUAAAAUGAGCGCAGAUUUACAUGGGAAAGAGCAACCUUUCGUUUACACUUCCCUCCUAUUUCACUAAAUACACUUUAUUUGGGGAAAUAACUGCUGCACACACCUCUGAAGCUGCAGACCCCACAGAGCCCAUAAAACAGCCCAAUAAGUCUAUAGACUCUAUAAUAUCAGUGAUGAAUAAUUACAAAUGGAAUUUGGUCUAUCGCUCAGUUUUAGUGAUUUUCUCUAACAAAAUACUUUUUAUUCUGUGAACAAAUAACAAAAGCAGGUUAAAUGGAGCUUAUAAGCUUGGAAGCAUUAAACUGAUGCAAUGUUACAGAUUUACUGAAUGUCAGCUAUUGUUACCAGUGGAUGAUGACUUUUAUGUUGAUAGGCAAAAAUGACAGAUUUUUUCAUGUAUCAGCUGAUAUCUGCCAACAAGCAUGAUAUCAGCUGAUAAAUCAGUGCCUUCCAUUCUCCAGCCUGAAGCAUGUCAUCAAAAAGAGAUGGUGUCCCUGUGGUACACUCUCCUUCUAACCCACUGAGGUAAAUCACUGACACUAGUUUGACAAAUUAAAGGAAAAGAAACCUUCAACGCCUGUUAUUGGUGUUGUUUUUGUUGUUGUUAUUUUAUUGUUGUUUUUAUUGUCAUUUUUGUUAUUGUUGCUGUUUUUGUUAUUUUAUAAUGAUUGUUGUCGGUGUUGUUGUUGCUGUUAUUUUCAUGUUUUUUUAUUAUUGUUCUUGUUUGUGUAAAGGUCAGUCCAGCGCUUCAGAAAAAGUGUAAUUCCAUGUUUGGUAGAACACUCUGGAGAGACGGUAAAAAUAACUCCUGUAGUAACUGAAGUCAAUUCAUCGGAGGAGCUGGAUGAACUGAUGUAGAGGCAUCUAACUGUCUCUGCUCUAUGACUUCUGACCCUUUGACUACACUUAUGUUAUUUUGUAUGUAGAGGCAUGCACUUCAAUGUUGAACCUGUGGUUUUAGUUCAAUCCCUGUGCUUGUGUGUUGUGUCAGAGAGCAGGAUGUCAGCCAGAGGAGGAAAGAAGAAGGCCACCAAGCUCUCCCGCUCAGCCCGGGCAGGAGUCAUCUUCCCUGUGGGGAGGAUGAUGAGGUACCUGCGCACCGGCACGCACAAAUACCGCAUCGGUAUGGGGGCGCCUGUCUACAUGGCAGCAGUCAUCGAGUAUCUGGCAGGUAGGGUGACAUCCCACUGUUUAAGCUAUAGUGAGCAUUUUUAAACUGUGUCUAACUGUAGCUUUAAAACAAAGCAAGAGUCAGAGAGGUUUUUGGUGUUGAUUCAGGACAAUAGAAAGUUAUCAUCACAAUGUAUUAUUCAGUUCAGGGUGGCCCGUGUGUUGAAGGUAAGAUCUGGGCUGUUAAAAGAAAGUGAAGCGACCAGAAACAGUAAAACUAAAUACACCUUGACAGUUAGAUAUUUAAACAGCAACGUAUAUCAUCCAAAAGAAUUCAUAUUGUUGCAGUUAGUCUUUUUUUCAAAAUUGGGAUCAGCUUUAUUCGCCAACUAUGUCACACAUACAAGGAAACUUUGCUCUCCCUGUACAAAAAUUCAACAUGAAAUAUUACAUGAAAUGUACAAGCUCAGACAUUUACCUCAUAUAUACGCUGCUGGUCAGAAGUUUUAGAACACCCUAAUUUUUCCAGUUUUUAAAAAAAUCUUUUUAAUUCAGGCAGUUCAAAUCCAAUUAACAGCUUGAAAGAGUACAAAUGAAAGUUGUGAACUGCCAGAGGUAAAUAAAAAAGGUAAGGCUAACCAAAACUGAAAAACAAUGUACAUUUCAGAAUUAUACAAAAGGCCUUUUUCAGGGAACAAGAAAUGGGUUAACAACUUAAGGCAGUUCUGCAGCAAUGGAGGUUGAUCAAGACUUGAAGGUUGGUGCUACCAAUUCCUACAGGUGUGCCAACUUUUCUUGAUCACUUACAUCCCCCGUCUGCAUAAAAGCAGUGUUGGAACACACUGUGAUACCACACCGUUUUAAGCAUUGUUUGAACAGCAGUGUACUACAGAAAGUAGUGUGUUACUACAAAAAUGACGAGGGAAAGGCAAUUAAUGAUAGAAGAGAGACAGACCAUCAUAACACUUCAAAUGUAGGUCUUUUCUACAGAGAAAUUGCCAAGAAAGUCAGUGAGUACAGUUUCCUUUACCAUCAAAAGGCACUCAGAAACUGGGGGAAAUACUGACAGACAGGGGUCUGGCAGACCCAAAGCCACAAAAGCAUUACAAGACAAGUUUCUGAGAGUCAACAGAUUGCGUUAUAGGCAGCUCACAGGACAACAGCUUCAAGCACAGCUUAAUAGAGGUCUCAGUAAGCAAGUCUCAGUUUCAACUGUGAAGAGAAGACUUAGCGUUGCAGGUUUGAUGGGUCAAGUUGCAGUAAGAAAGCCCUUGCUGAGACUUCAGAAUAAGAAAAAGAGGCUUGCCUGGGCCAUGAAACACCGCCAAUGGACUACUGAAGACUGGAAGGAGGUGUUAUGGACUGAUGACUCAAAAUUUGAAAUCUUUGGUUCAUCACACAGGAUUUUUGCAUGCUGUCAAGUAGGCAAAAGGAUGGUUCCUCAGUGAGUGACGUCAGCGGUCAAACAUGGAGGAGGAAGUGUGAUGGUCUGGGGCUGUUUUGUUGGAUCCAGGGUCAGUGAUUUGUCCAGGGUGAAAGGCACCCUGAACCUUAACUUUAUGAAGAAUAUUUGAUUUUCAUUGUAGAAAUAAUGCCACGGGUGUGUUCAGCUGUUAUGUCUGCCAAGGGUGGCUACUUUGAUGAGUCCAAACUUCAGAAUACAUUUUUGUUUCUGAAUUUAGUCUAUGAUUUCUUUUUGAACUUCAACUGUUUAUUUGUUCUAUGCAUUAAUUUCAGAGUACACUGAGACAUUAAAAUGCAUGAUUUUCAAUGAAAUUCUAAAAAAGUUCGGGUGUUGUAAAACUUUUGACCAGUAGUGUACAAGACUGUGGGAACGGAACGAGGUACUUAGGCACCCUGUCACAGCGCCAUCAUGGUUCCCAGUAGGGCUGCGACAAUUAGUCAACGUAAUCGAUUAAGUCGACAACAAAAAUUCAUCGACACGAAAACUUAAGCAUCGACGCGUCGUGUUAUCGUUGUUGAAAAUCACAUGCCGGCGCCUCAUGCUCAUCUAUAACUGCAGUGCACUACAGGAUGUGCUGGGGGCAGUAGCGCUCGCUGUUUACAGCAAACCUAUGGCGCAAACACAGAAGAGGAAUGCACACAUUUUGGCAGAACGAACUGAAGAAGACGCUCCAAAACUCCGACCCAAAACUUCAAAAGUUUGGGAACGAUUACGGAGAACAAACCAAAAAAACACGUUGAGUGCAAGCUAUGCAAAGCUCAGCUUUCCUACCAUGGCAGCACCACGGCGAUGCAUGAGCACCUGAAACGCAGACACCCCGGAGCCGUAACAUGUACCGCAGAAAGGUGAGUUCACAAAUAACUUUGAUACUUCGUAGAUAUUUUAAAAUGACAUGCUAAUUUGUUAAUUAAUUACAAGCCUAUGAUGCAAAUACAAUGUGUGUGUCGGAGAUCAGUCAGUCGGGAAAUCAUGAGAGGAGCUUGUUAAGCAAGCGCUAUUCACUUACGUUAAUGCGUAUUUUACGGCAGUAAUCAAUGAAUUACAGGCGAUAGGCCUACUAGCGUUUAUACUGAAUUGUAAACCUUGUGCAAUUAUCAACUGUGUGAUUUGGAGCAUAUUAGUUCAAUAUUUAAGACUAAGACAUUUCACAACUAAGAAAUCUGUGAUAAUUUGUUUCAGGUAUUUAAUUUUGAAAAAUUUAAAUUUGAAAUGUGAAGUAAUAUAACUCAUUUUAUUCUCUUUGUUUUAGUAGUGUUAAGCAGAGGCGUGUGGAUGAGUUUGUCAUGAAAAGAGGUUCAUACACCCCCCAAAUGGCUGAAGUCCUGACAGAGAGCAUCCUUAACAUGAUAGUAACUGACAUGAGACCAAUAUCCAUGGUUGAAGAUGAUGGCUUCAAGCAGAUGAUCCAGACCUUUCAUCCAGGCUACACCUUGCCAUCCAGAACUCAUUUUACCAAACUGAUUGAAGAAAAGUAUGAGACUGCCGUCAGUGACAUAAAGGCAAAUCUUAAAUUAAACAAGAACAAGAUUGCCCUCACAGCUGAUGCCUGGACAAGCAUUUCCACAGAGGCAUAUCUUGGCAUCACUUGUCACUUCAUAAGUGAUGACUGGGAGCUCACUCUGUCUCACAACCAUGCCACUAGAAGAAUGUCACACUGGACCAAACAUUGCUGCAUGGAUUUAGGAGGCUGUGGCAAGGUUUGAGAUCUCUGCAAGCAAUAUCGUGGCUGUUGUCCAUGACAAUGGCUCCAACAUUGUCCUGACUGCAAACAUUCUGCAAGAAAAGCAUGGGUGGACGUCAAUCCGCUGCGCAGGUCACACUUUGCAGUUGGUGAUCAGUCGUGCUCUAAAACACCCUCAGAUCAUGAAAACACUGGGAGCAGCAAGAUGUCUUGUGGAGCACUUCAGAAAAAGUGAACUGGCUUCAAGCAAGCUGAAGGCCAAACAGAAACAGAUGGGGACCCCAGAACAUAAACUUAUCCAAGAUGUCUCUACCAGGUGGAACAGCACCUUUUACAUGAUCACCCAUUUGCUGGAACAGAGAUGGCCGCUGACUGCAACAAGGUCUGACCCAACAGUCACGCAGAGUGGUAAACAGUACCUUGACCUGAAAGCAGAUCAGUGGCUCCUGCUAGAGGAACUGGCUAAAGCUCUUAAAGCCUUUGAAUGCGCCACAGUCUACUUGAGUGGUGAAAGUUAUGUGACAGUUUCUGCUCUCCCUCCUCUGGUCAGAGGGCUUUUGAAGUCCACUCACACCACCUAUGAUGCAGCUCCUGUGCAGGCCUUUCAGGCAGUUGCUUCAGAGGAGACCACUGUACGCUGGACUAAUGAGGUCACAGUCACGCGUGAUGAACCAUGCACACAGGUCAUUGCAGCAGCCUUAGAUCCACGAUUUAGGAAACUGACAUUUCUGACCCCAGAGGAGAGGUUCACUGUUCAAAAAAAAGUCCAAGCUCUGGCCCUGCAAUCCAUCCAAGGGGCUGAGAAGAAAAAUGCCAGUGAGGCUGACAAAAGUCUUGCCUCAGCUGAGAGAACUUUUUCAGCUCUAGAUUCACUGCUCGCCUGUGACUCCUCAACAGACAGUGACACCGAGACCAAUGAACAGGAUGCUCACAACAACCAGUCUAUCACCAAUGAGGUAAGAUUUAUUUAAUUGAAUAAUAGUGCUUUUUAAUUAGCAAGAUAAUAUUUAUUGUAACAUUCCACAAAUCUUCAUUAUGCUUAUUUUCAUUUGUUGUCCCAUGGCAGAUACUGAUGUACUUCGGACAGCAGCCUCUUUCAAAGACUGAGAGUCCCCUUUCUUGGUGGAAGUCAAAUGAGGCAAAGUAUCCAACCCUUGCAUCACUAGCCAAGUCAUUCUUGUGCAUUCCAGCUACCUCUACACCAUCUGAGUGUCUCUUCUCUGCAGCUGGAAAUAUCGCCUCACCUAAGCAUGUUGACAUGCUUACGUUCCUGCACUGCAAUUUGAAUAGAAAAAAUAGAUGAUAUUUCCCUUAGUUAAGUUGGCUUUAAGCUUUGUUGACAGUUGCGACUUUACAAGAAAAAAAAAAAAAAAAUGUCAAAAUUGAUCUUUUGUUUUAUUUAUGUAUUUUACUUUUAUGGGCUUAUUUGCUUUAAGUAAAAGCAACUCCUUGGUUGGUUUAAACCCAAUUACCUCCUCAACUUGCAAGGCAGGCUACCUGCAGCUUUUUUUAAAAAUAUACUUCUUGAUAAAGAGUUUUUGUUUACUACCUUGCACUUUAAGUUUGUACAGUUUAAUUAUUUUUGUUGUGGUCAAAGUGGUAUUUUACAUUGAAAAAUAUAUAAACUAUAUUGCAGGUAAAUGUUUUAUGUCAUUUUUUUAAAUAUAUUUGUUCAAAAACAUGCUAUCAGAGUACAACAGGAUUUAAGGUUUAAGUAAGUUACGUUAAACAUUAGUCUAAAAUAGGUGUUUAUAAAUAAAGAAGAUAGUUGUGAUUAAUCGAAAAAAUAAUCGCUAGAUUAGUCGACAACAAAAAUAAUUGUUAGUUGCAGCACAUUUCCCAGUGAUAUUGGCCCUCAUUUAUCAAUCUUGCGUUGAACUGAGCGCAGAUCUGAGCGCAGGAUUCAUCGUACGAUAGGACACACGUGAGAUUUAUGAAAGGGUUUGUAUCUGACCAAUCCAAGCGUACGUAUGAUCGGGUCUUGAUAAAUGCGGCGGCUGAAAUCCAUCGUUAUUAACAUGUCAUGCCCUUAAAUAUUUGUGGUUCAGAAGCCUUGCCCACUGAGGUCAUGAAAGGAACAUGAAAGGGAAGAAAUAUUACAUGUGAUCUCCUUGCCCUCCCAUACUGUGAUCUCCUUGCCCUCCCGGCCUCCCCCCUCCCUCAGUUCUCCGCCCUGGACUGUCUUCAGAUGGCACAACACCUUUUUUUAUUGCACAUCACACUAGAUUAGGAAGAGGAAAGGGGUCUCAAUCACAUCAAAUUAUAGUUCAGGACAACCCCUCUCCUCGGUUUUAAUGCACAACAUUCGAAAACACAUAUAUGAGAGAAAUUUAAAAGGGAAAAAAAAAGAAAAAGGGGAAUAAUGAUAAUGAUAAUAAUAAUAAUAAUAAUAAUAAUAAUAAUAAUAUUAAUAAUAAUAAUAAUAAUUAAAUAAAUAAAAAUAAAUAAAUAAUUAUAAAGUAUAUUAAGUAAAUAACACAGAAUAAAUACAUAUAUAGACAUAGGGCAAGGUGUUGUGCCGCAUUCAGUCCGGGGCAUUCGGGGGUUUGGGGGGGGGGGGGGAUCCAGGCAGGUCUCGCGCGAGUGGAAAGGGACCCGAGGUGGUCCACAAAUUUCAAGACCCCCCCCUCCACCCAUAUUAUUACUAUUGCUUUUCUUUAUUAAUAUUGAAUGUUGUUGUUGUUGUUGUUCUUCUUCUUCUUCUUCUUCUUAUUAUUAUUAUUAUUAUUGUUAUGAUUACUAUUAUUAUUAUUAUCAUUAUUAUUAUUAUUAUUAUUAUUGAUAUUGUUCGUGUAUUAUAAUUUUCUUUUGCUUGUCUGACAAUUGUAAUAUAUAUAUAUUUUUUUUCAUUAUUAUUUACAUAUAUAAUACACACACCACACACACACACACACACACACACACACACACACACACACACACACACACACACAAAACCACAAAUGCUGUUGUAUGUUGUGUGUCUUGUAUUGUCACACUGCACAAAUAAAAUAAAAUAAAAAAAAUAAAAAAUAAAAAAAGAAAUAUUACAUAGAUGCGAAACUUUUCUGAGCUGAAAGUGGAUAUCCUCACAUCUGUGGUGGAAACUAACAAGGAUUUGCUCUUUGGAAGCAUCAAAACUGGUAUAAAAGCAGUCAAGAAAACUCCUGGCUGGAGCAGGAUUAUGGUGGCGGUGAACACCACUGCCGCCGAAUAGCCGACAGUGGCUGAAGUUUGAAGAAAUCAUUAGUAAGUAGCUCAUGAUGAUAAAUUAAUAUCUCAUACAUGCCUCAUAUUUUUUUAUUGUCAUGACAUAGGGUACGUUGCUCCUAUUAUUGAAAGUAUCUUGUUUUAAUUUGUUGCGUCUGUAAUGUAGAGCAGGCUGGAGAGUCUAACAGAGGCUGAACAAAAAUAAUUAUUAACAUCACCAAACGGUGUGUUGCUGCCCCUGAGGCACAUUUUUAUAGAUUUCUAUUGGAUUUUUAUCACUGAUUAAAUAGCAAGAGCACUUUCUAAACUUGUAUUUUACAUGUCAGAAUCCAUCGAUAAGGUCCUGUCUCCUCUGUACAGCACCUUUGUGGAGUGUCUCCUUGUUAUUGUUCUCCGGGCAUCGGGUCCUCACAUUGCACUGGCACAGCCAAUGGCACUCCAUUCGCCAGUGCAACAUUGUGCAAAACUGUACUGGCCCAAAUGAUGUCCCACACCCUUUCAGGAGUGUACAACAGGAUUGUCCCUGCUGCUGGGCCAAGACAGAACAACCUGCCUUUUAGGAAUCAAACGCAGCGCUCCACAGUGGCGCAUGUUUGCGCAAUGUUAAAACGGCGCUCCUGCUCUGUGGCAGUGUUUCUGGGCAGGGUUAUCAAAUAGGCCUAUUUACUAAGGACAAAACAAAUUUAUUUUAUUUUAUUUACGUCUUAAUCUUUAAUGAAAUCUGACUGAUUGUGCUUAAUGACAGGUUUGAGGUUUGUUUAUCAAAUUUUUUUGAGACAGACAUUUGCUGCACCGCAGAUCCACACUGACUCAAACUUGCGUACACGAUGUCAGACCUGUCGUGAGAUUUGGUCGUAGCGUACGCUCACUUGCAGAUUGAUAAAUGCCGGUCCUCACGCCGCAACUUACGUACGCAAGGUGUACGCAAAUUUUCUGCCAUACGCAAGCUUGAUAAAUGAGGGCCAUUGUAUUUUCUUUUAACUUAGCAAGUUGUACUGGAUACUGAAAGAGUGCAGAUCAAUUAGGGGAACUUUGAUUUUAAUUCAUUUUACAUUCAUAAAACGGGUGAACUUUUAAAGGUUUAUCAAAGAAACUUGAUAGUUUUGUUGUAUAAACGCUUAAAUGACAUAACUCUUGAUUUCAGAUAAUGAAUUUGACUCUCCACUUUGCAAUCAUUAAACUCUAAGACGUUACCAACUAUAGAAGUUUGUAAAAACAGCAGGAAGAAGAACCACUUUAGCCGGUGAGAUCACUUGGUAACAGCUGAGAUCCUAAUGAAGAAAAACCUCCAUUUGAGCAAAUGCUAACACAGGUGUAACAGACUGAUUCUGAACUUUUCAAGUUCAAAGUUUCAUAACUGUUUGUGAAACAGACACAAAAGGAUCAACGGUGAGAUUGCCUUAUUCCCUUCAAACAGCUGAGAUUCAAGCACAGGUCCAACUACUACCUGUACAUGCACUGAGUGUUUGUGUCUGAGUAUAUGUUUUAAAUGCUGUAAAUCUGUUCUAGUGUCAGUGAUUUCUGUAGACUAUAUGAAGGAUGAUUUCAAAACAAUGUUGAAUAAUUAUCAUUAUUAUUAAAGCCUCUAUGAGCAGUUUUUAGACAUGAAUGAAAUAGACUUAAAUUCAUACUCCUGUCUUUGUAUAAUACACAACAGCAACCGAGACCGUCAUCAAAAAAUGGACAAUUUUAAUAGAGUAAUUUUAACAGGCCUGUCUUUGCAACAGAAAUACUCAGAAGGAAUGAUGGGAUGACUGAUUAAAAGACACAACUGGGGCAUGCAGGGGACCAGACAAGUAAAACCAGAUUUUUCCACAGGGAGCCCUGUGCCUUCUUUAAUAGCUGGAGCAUCUACAGACACUGUUAUGAAGGAGUUUUUGGCAGGAAAGUUUGUGGUAGAUCUGUUUGUGACCCAUAAAAGGAGACAUUGCAAAAGUGUGAAAAAAGACUUCAGUACGCGUUGAUUUGUGUCCUGGUCCUGCUACACUGAUCCAGUUUGAGAGAUGCCGUUCGAAACACUGAAUGCUGAAGUCUUCACUCCUAAUGUGCUGCAAGACUCAUAGAAGAAAGUUUAUGUGUUUUAAUACCAGAACACACACACACACACACACACACACACACGCACACACACACACACACUGUGUGUGGAAAGAGUUUCAGACUGUGUUUUCUCUCCUCAGCUGAGAUCUUGGAGUUGGCAGGAAACGCAGCGCGGGACAACAAGAAAGGCAGAAUAACUCCCAGGCAUAUCAAGCUGGCUAUAGCCAACGAUGAAGAGCUCAACCAGGUAAGACAGCGCUCUGACACGCUUAAGUCCACAGGGGAAAUUAAUUAUCGGGGUUCAUUUACAGAUUAGCUUACAACAUACUCCUUAAGUGCGCACGCUGUUAGAGUGCUGAUCAGUCAGAGACACUUCUCUGUCUGCUGCUGAUGGAUCUGGUCAUCUGGUACACCUCUGACUGUUUUAUUAAGAACAGCAGUAAUGAUAUAAAAACAACUGAAUAUUGUGAAAAAGUUCAUUUUUUCUGAAUAACAAAAACCUGAAAAUGAAACAUGUCAUAUUUGAAGAAACAAUAAAACAGUUAAAUUUGUAAAACAUCUUCUCCAUCAGCUCCUGAGGGGUGUCACCAUUUCAAAUGGGGGAGUCCUCCCUCGGAUCCACCCAGAGCUGCUAGCCAAGAAGAGGGGAGGCCGGGUCAAAGUGGACAGCCAGUCGUCAGUCCCAGAAAAGGAGGAGCGCUCCAAGAGCAAGAAACCUGUCAAAUCCCUCAAAAAGCUCAAAGGCAAAAGAGGGCGUAAGCCAAAGGUGGGUCCACAUGAAUACAGCGACAGAACCUACCAGACAAAACAAUGGCUGAAGUAUGAUCGCUUUUAUAAAACCAUAUCUCAUCAGCUUUAGCCCUCUGCAAAAAUCCACAGGCUUCAGGCAGAUGAUCAUGAGAAGAUAAAGGAAACCAUGAGUUUGCUGGGGGAAGUUCAAUUUAAAUAAUUAAAUAAUUAUCAGUGAUCAGUAUUUUCUCACUAACAAUGAACCUUAUUUUACCCCUACUAGUAUCACAGCAUGUGGUACCAGGAAACAAUCGUGUUAAAAGAGAUAUUCAAGUGUCUUUGUAAGUGAGUGUCUUGGGCUGAUUCAACCUCAUCAUUUAGCUCAUUUUGAACUCAUCUCUGCUAAAGCGCUCACUUUACUGAGAAUUUUUACAGCCCUUUACUUCACCAUCAGAAAGCCCUAAGAUUUUUGCACACACACACAGGUAUGCUCUUGCGCAUGCAGUGGGAUCAGCUCAUAGGGUUCAUGAUGUACAAGUCACUGAUUUGAUGUAAAUGGAGAUACUUUAGCAUGCAUGAUGUUCAGCAGCAGAAGCUUCAGAUCAGUCUGCAGAUGCAGUGAUGUAUGAAGAGUUUGUUAUUCCAGCCUCAGCAGCUAACUCUGUGUAUUUGGAUCAGGUGAACAGAUCCUGUGGUCCAUUGGUCGAGUCAGUGGACAGUAAAAACACUGAGAGCUAAACUCUGACUGAAGACUCUCAGCCUUUCUGAUAGAACUCCUGAACCUUGAAGAAAGUGGGUAACGGAACGUGCUUUCAGUCCAGCAGUGGACUCUGGUUGGUGAGGGUGCAGACUGCAGCCUGGUAUGAACUGCUGCUGGAUUUGGUUUUUGAAUGAUCCAGAGGUGCUGUUGGUACCAAGUCCCACUCCUGACAGGCAGUGGGUAUUAGCUCACAGUUUAAACACCUAAACCACCAGGUGACCUGGGAUCACUUCUGCUCUCCAGUUAAUGUUGAAAUCUCUCUGCUUUUACCUUAAGUGUGUUAAGUGAACCCUUCUCCUCCUCUGAGGUGUCCAUGUGUGUCUGCAGUGGUUGAUAUGUCAUUGUGGGAAUCUUUGUUAUUUUUAGUCUGGUCUGAGUUUUAUCCCUUUGAGACCUGUAGGCAGAAGAACACAUCUGUGUGUGUGUGUUGUAUCUGUAAAUAGUGCAAAAUGAAACAAUGUCAGCAUAAAGGACUGAAAAUUUUCAGAGUAGGGUGUACAACAGCUCAGGCUAAGUCCCCCAAAAUAAGCAAAAUUACAUGGCAGAGUUGCCCCAUCUGCAGUAAACCCAUGUCCAGUUUCUCCCUGCAGUUUCUCAUUAAAGGGGCCAAGCUGACAGGCAUCUACUGUGGCUGUUGCUUUUACUAGUGACAUGUCACUCACACAGUCUCACUUUAAAAACACUAAAAUACCCCUUUAAGGUAUUGUAAAACCAGUGUUAAAAAGUGUUCAAACUUAUGUCAGAGUUUUCAGAAACGCCUCGGUUUUUAAAGUGGGUAUUCACAGAGUGCUCAUACGUCAGCCAGCAAGGAGGCAUGACUUCUACUUCUGGCUAAACUGAAGCUUCUCUAAGAGACAUGUGUGACUGUUUCCGCACGCAUGGCUGUGCAGAUGUACUCAGCAGGCUUUGGAAAAUAAACACGUUUACUAGAUCAUUACUUUGUGCCUGCCAAGUCGCAAGCAAGGCAUGCACAUAUUGUUAUCGUAUGGGCAGGCUCAGUAAUGGCCCUAAAAUGCAGAGCAUACGCCGCUGAAAUGGGAAGGCGGCGAUGGAAAAAAAAAAAAAAAAAGGAGUGUGUAUUACGUGCCAAGGCGUAUAUUAGUAUCCUAGACAGUGGGUUGAUUUUUUUUAUUAUUAUAGACGCACCUUCUGCAAUUAAUGCGGCCCGAAUGGUAAGGUGCAUCCAGCCACGGCGUAUAUCAAAACGUGCGUCUCCAUCGUGCAACAGUGGGUAUUACUUUUCACUAUCGUUACUGUCUCCAUGGCGACGCUAGAUGCCAAAAAGCAAUGAAAAUUUCCCCAUGUAAGCGGAUGGGAGAGGGCGAGAAAAAAAUCUAUUUUUCGCAUGACUUUGACGCCUCACCCUGUCGCCAUACUUUGACGUAGAAGCAUGAUUAAAACAUCAAAACCCUGACACUAGACCUGUGAUUUCAAAAGUGUAGAUGGCUGGUCGAUAUCUGGUACGGUUUGGCCACAGUAACUGUUCAAGCGAGGGGUGCAAACAAGGAUUUUCUAGUUUUUACAGUGAAGACCCAUAAUCUUAGAGUGAAGAGAAGUGAACAUGUAUCCUGAUUUUUAAUUUCUAAAUCACUGCAACGGCCACAAUUUUCACACAAAUUAUACAUCAAAACCUAGUAGACCUACCAGCCGGACAGAAAAUGUGGACCUAGAAGCUGUGAGACGCUCACUUUUCAAGCUACAAGGUUUUGUUUGGGAGGAGGUACCUGUUUCACCUCCAUCCACUGCCAUUCAAAAAGAACACAAAUGCUCCACAUCUGACUGUUGCUCAUUUUGUCCGAACAACUCGCGCUCCCGUCUAAACCUUAAAGCGUAGCAACUUGUCCUUUUGAUAUGUCAUAGCUGUAUUCAAGCAGUCGCUCACAGCCCAGAGUUUUUUUCCGAUACGACAUGUAGUUUGUCAGCAACAAGCCUUUUGUGGGCACUAGUCAGAUAUCAAGAUUCCUAUUCAACAUGAAUGGAGCUGCUGAAAACAUGGGGUGGUCUCCAUAUUUGGAGCUUGAUUAUAAUGUCAUACUUUGAGGUAGAAAUGUGAUUUGAACUCCGACCUUUAGAUGAGACCCGAACCCUUCAACCUAUGAAAAUCGCAUUUCAAUAUCUCUUACAGUUUUCCUACAAAGUGAGUUUGUUUAGGCCAGUCCUGUUCUAAGCAGGCAGAAGCUCAGUGACGCAAAGUCUGUGUCACAGGAGAGCUGCAGGUGCACUGUCACCAUGGAAAUGAUUCUAAGUGCACAGGGCCCGCCCACCUGGUCUUGAUUGACAGCUGUCUUCCAGACAUCACAACACAGACAGCCGGAUUGCCUUGAGUUUCAAGUCUGAUUCGUGACAAAGGCCAUAAAUCAUCAAUGCCUUGACAUAUCAGCACCAUAUUUGACAUGUCCCCUUGUGACCCCACUCUGAAGACAUGUCCCACUCUGCAGCCAUCUUGGAUGACCCCACCAUCCCCAAACAAGAAGUAGCCCUUAACGCAUUAAUUCCCUCAUGUAUCUCCACCCAAAACAUGGCCUAGAUUUGAGUAAAUCAGUGGCAAGCAGCAGCGAAUCGGCAAGCGGGCAGGCACAUAUCAAAAUUUCCCUGGAAUUUUCUAAAUAACAUUAUCAUCCCUAAUAAUCUGUGUAAGGACCCACUUGUAAAGGGCCGAGGGUGUGUGGACCCAAAAGCAGAGGACAUGAGGCAAAUGUUCUGUUUCCAAAAAGGCAAGUUCUUUAAUCCAGAAAAAACCCGACAGGGUCGAAAUCAAAAGGGCAGCAAUAAUCAGGCGACAAAACCAAUGGGGCAGGCAAGAAUCAGAAAUCCAAGGAGAUCAAAACAGGUCAAACACGGAGAGCAGAGAAAUAUCGAGAACGCGAGAGAGCUUGUACAGAAGUGACGAAGACAAUCUGGCAGGGAAGAGCUAGUAAGGAGGGGUUAAAUAGAAAAGGGGACAAGACACAGGUGAAACCAAUGGAGUAAUUAACUAAGGCGGGAAAAAGAACAAAGACAGGAAGUUAAAGUAACAGUAACACAGGGAAAACAGGAUCUUCAAAAUAAAACAGGAAGUGGAUACAACAAAACACAGAUCAUGACAGUACCCCCCCUCAAAGGGGCGUCUCCAGACGACCCCAGGACAUCUGGAUUAAGUCUUUGAGAGUCUUUGAUUAAAGAUUUGUCGAGAAUGUCCUUCCCAGGGACCCAGGACCUCUCCUCGAGCCCGUACCCCUCCCAAUCGACGAGGUACUGGCGGCCCCUGCCCCUACGACGGACAGCCAGCAGGCGAUUCAUGGUAUAAACCGGGCCUCCAUCAAUGAACCUGGGUGGUGGAGGCGGGUCAGACGGUGGGAGCAGAUGACUUGUCCUGACGGUUUGAUCCGCGACACAUGAAAGGUGGGGUGGACCUACAUGGUCCGAGGAAGGCGAAGGCGAAUGUCAGCAAGGUUGAUGACCUCCAAGAUGGGGAAGGGCCCCACGAACCUUGGAGCCAGCUUGCGACACUCCCCCCGAACCAGCAGGUCACGGGUGGAAAGCCAAACCUUCUGACCAACGUGGUAGCGAGGAGCUUGGGAGCGACGGCAGUUGGCUGACCUCUGAUAUCCAAUAUUGGUGCGGAGAAGGGCUGCACAGGCUCUCCUCCAGGUGAGGUGACAUCGGCGGACCAAAGCGUGAGCUGAUGGAACCGUGACCUCCCCCUCGAGGUCCCGGAAAAGAGGGGGCUGGUACCCAUAGACACACUGGAAUGGGGACAGGCCAGUAGAAGCCACAGGGAGGGAGUUGUGGGCAUACUCCACCCAGAGGAGCUGCUGCGACCAAUUGGUAGGACUCUGGGAGGUGAUGCAGCGGAGAGCUGUCUCCAUCUCCUGAUUGCACCUCUCCGUCUGACCAUUCGUUUGAGGGUGGAAGCCUGAGGAGAGGCUGGCCGACGUUUCGAGCAGCUGGCAGAACUCCUUCCAAAAACGUGAGGCAAACUGGGGACCCUGAUCAGACACAAUGUCCUGAGGAAUACCAUUGAGACGAAACACAUAAAAUAAAACUGCCUCCGUUGUCUCCCUGGCGGAUGGCAAUUUAGGCAGGGCGACAAAAUGAGCCAUUUCGGAAAAACGGUCCACAAUAUUCAGGAUGACAGUCUUACCCCCCGAGGGCGGCAAACCUGUGACAAAGUCCAGAGACACAUGGGACCAGCGGUGGCGAGGAACAGGUAGGGGCCUAAGCAGACCGGCAGGAGGGUUUCGGGAGACCUUGCUGCGGACACAGACGGGACAGGCAGAGACAAACUCACAAGUAUCCUCCCUGAGGGAGGGCCACCAGAAACGCUGAGUGAUGAAGCUCAGGGCAUUACCAGAUACUCAUAGUGGCCACUGGGGGUGUUGAAAGUCGUCUUCCACUUGUCUCCUUCACGAAUCCGAACAAGAUGGUAGGCGUUGCGCAGGUCGAGUUUGGUGAAGACACGAGCCCUUUGAAGAAGUUCAAAAGCAGAUGACAGGAGUGGCAAUGGGUAGCGGUUUUUCACUGUGAUAUCGCUCAGACCACGAUAAUCAAUACAUGGCCGAAGGGGAGGAAGAAGGACGGAUGAUCCCUGCCGCUAGCCCCUCCUGGAUGUAUUUGUCCAUGGCCCACCACUCAGGAGCGGAUAGGGAGUACAGACGGCCCUUGGGUGGCGUUGUUCCAGGAAGCAACUCAAUAGCACAAUCAUAAGGGCGGUGUGGAGGUAAGGACGUGGCCCGGCCCUUGGAAAAAAACUCAUUUAUGUCUAGGUAGACUUCUGGCACCAUGGACAAGUCUGGGAACUCAAAAGAAGAAUUAGCAGACCUAGAGGAAACAGGCAGAGAGAGCAGACAGGAUGACUGGCAGGCUAGGCUCCAUCCCAACACUCUGCUCGUAGCCCAGUCCAUCAGAGGGUUAUGUCUACACAACCAGGAGUAACCCAGGAUAAGAGGGUAGCGGGGGGAAUCAACUAUCAGGAAUGAAAUAGUCUCUUUGUGGUUACCUGAUAUCUGCAGAUACGGGGGAGGGGUCUGUUCAGGAAGAGACUCGAGCUGCAGGUCCAGCUGGCGGGCCAGGUCCCGGUUCAUGAAACUUUCGUCAGCGCCAGAGUCGAUGAGAGCUGAUAGAUCCAGGACAUUCUCGGGAGAAGUGAUGAGCUGAACUGGGGUCAAGCCGCGUGUGGUUGCAGAGGCGUUUGCGGAGUGGCUCACCAGUAGGCCUCUGGUUACCGAUAAGCCUGGUCUUUUACCGGGCACCGAGCUAAGAAGUGGCCAGUUUCCCCACAGUAGAGACAGAGUCCCUCACGCUGGCGGCGAUGUCGCUCCUCUUGGCUUAGGUGAGUCCGACCAAGCUGCAUGGGUUCCUCUGGGGGGCUAUAAGGUGUGGAUCCAAGGGCAGUUGCAGAGCCAUGCUCUCCCCGGUUCAGCCGACCCUCAUUGCCCGUUCAUGUCGCCGGUUGUCAACCUUUAUAGCUAGUUCCACAAGGGCUUCGAAACUGGUAGGGAGAUCAACCAUGGUCAGUCUAUCCUUUAAAUCCUCAAAAAAAAGGUGUCAGCAAGAAAAAAAAAGGUGUCCAACGACUCUCAGCCGCCAAAGUGCGGAACCGGAUGGCAUGAUCAAAAACACGGUUACUGCCUUGCCUGAGACGACCCAAUGUGCGGGCUGUCUCCCGGCCCAGAACAGGUUGACCAAAAACACGGGCCAAAGCAGCAGAAAAAGAGUCAACAGAGGCACAAACGGAUGAACCCCUCUGCCACUCAGCAGUGGCCCAUUCUCUUGCCCGCCCGGUGAGCUUGGUGAUCAUGAAGGCCACUUUAGAGUGUUCAGUGCGGAAGGUGAUGGGCUGAGGCUUGAAGGUUAGCAAGCAGAGAGUCAAAAAUGAGCGGCAAGUCUCAGGAGUUCCAUCAUACCUCUCAAUUAGGGGUGCACUCGGCUCAGACUGGUGAUCCAGGGAAGCAGAGGGAAAUGGAGGUGGAGUGGAGAUGUCAGGGCUCGAAGCGGCAGUUGACAUAGUAUCACGGCGAGCCAUCAGCUGGUUAGUCUGGGUUGCCAGGGCUUGCAGCUGCGCAACGACAACGACUGAACUCCAGGGCCCAGGCUGGAAAUUGCCCUCUCCAACUCUGUUAGACGUCUUCCCUGAGCCCCCAGAGCAUGGCAAAAAUCCUCACCUGCUGGGUCCGGCAUGGCCAGAUUGUACAGAAAGGGCCGAGGGUGUGUGGACCCAAAAGCAGAGGACGUGAGGCAAAUGUUCUGUUUCCAAAAAGGCAAGUUCUUUAAUCCAGAAAAAACCCGGCAGGGUCAAAAUCAAAAGGGCAGCAAUAAUCAGGCGACAAAACCAAUGGGGCAGGCAAGAAUCAGAAAUUCUAAGGAGAUCAAAACAGGUCAAACAUGGAGAGCAGAGAAAUAUUAAGAACGCGAGAGAGCUUGUACAAAAGUGACGAAGACAAUCUGGCAGGGAAGAGCUAGUGAGGAGGGGUUAAAUAGAAAAGGGGACAAGACACAGGUGAAACCAAUGGAGUAAUUAACUAAGGCAGGAAAAAGAACAAAGACAGGAAGUUAAAGUAACAGUCACACAGGAAAAACCGGAUCUUCAAAAUAAAACAGGAAGUGGAUACAACAAAACACAGAUCAUGACACCACUGCUGACAACCCCCCCUGGAAGAGGGUCUGAGUAACCCUUCAAGGAUAGAUAAAACCGGAGUCUCUGAACCACUGUACUAUGGACAUCUUUGUUCCGCCUACCGCCUGUAUACAGAUUUGAAGCCAAAAAGCUCUCGGUAUUUCCGGGAUUUUUCUUAAUUUCCUGAAACCAGCGCUGUGCAGUAGCGAUGCGCGCAUUCGGCCGCGCAGUCGCAGAGAGUCGCUGUGAUGACGUUUGGCUCAAACAGCGUAUCCCCCGGGUGAGCUACUCAAUCCCUGAACGCCCAUAGGCUGUAUCAGGUGUCAAUCAUAGAAAACAUGAACCCCUAAUAACUUUUAAAAACUGAGCUUCCGUGAAAAAAGAGGACUUGAGCACAAACCAGUGUUACAAUAACCACAUGUCAACAUCGCAAGCAGGGGGGAGAAAAAUUUAUGUUCUGUGUAAUAAAUUUCUAAAGUUGGUCCACAGUUCCAUUAGCUUUGCUGGCGGAGGCGGGAUUUAUGACCUAUACUGCAGCCCAUCAACAGAGGAUGCUGUUCUCGCAGUGGCUUCACCCAGCAAGGAGGCAGACGUCGUCCAUUCUAUAUACAGUCUAUGCUCUGAACCCUUGAGAUUGAGUGAUCCUUGUGUUGAGGUCUACAAUCACAGCUUGUUUCUGCCUUUUUUUCCUCUCCAUCCUGCAAAGAGCGCAGACGGCGAGUCUGUUCCAAACUCCACAGUGGAAGAUGGUCCAGGAGAAGGAUUCACCAUCCUGUCAGCAAAGAGCCUCUUCCUCGGACAAAAGGUGAGAUGUUUUAACUUGACUCAGAGAGGCUGUUUGGUGAUGAGGAAUAUCCUUAAGAUCAAAUUAGACCGAAAAUGUCCCCAAUGCAUACAAUAGGGAAAAUAAGUAUUGAACGUGUCAAUGUUUUUCUCUUUACAUCUAUUUCCAAAAAUGCAAUUCAAAUGAAAUUCCUGCGAGGCAUUGGUAUUAAUUCAAAUAAUCCACACAUGAAAAGAAAUCACAACGUUCAAGUCCAUAAAUAGUGUUUAUGUGGAAUUAAGUGCACUAACACAGGGGAAAAGUAUUGAACACCCCAUGAAAAGGCUGUAUACUCUGGCAAAGAAAUGCACCACACCACCUAAAAUCUGUUAGUAAUUAUUACUUGUACAUCCAAUUAGUGAAAACCAACAUCAGCUGGGUUAGAGCAAAUUGAUGUUCCUAUAAACAGGUCGUUUUGUCACCAAGAGGUCAAACAAGACACAUCUCAUGAUGGGUAAAGGCAAAGAGUUCUCUGAAGACAUUCGCAACCUGAUUGUUGCUCAGCAUCAGAAUGGAACUGGUUACAGACUUAUAUCAAAGCGCCUGAUAUUCCAGUCAGCACCGUUGGGGCUAUUAUCCGCAAGUGGAAGAAGCACCACCUUACCUUCAACAGGCCCACUCAGGAGCUCCCCGCAAGAUUUCUGACCAGUGAGUACGAAAGAUGGUCAGAAGAGUAGUCAACGAGCCAAGGACCACCCUGAAAGCGCUCCAGAAAGACUUGGAGGUAGCAGGUACAAUUGUUACAGAGAAAAUUAUUGGCAUUGCACUCCACCGCCAUGGCCUCUAUGGACGCUCAGCCCGCAAGACUCCAUUCCUCAAGAAAAAGCAUGUUGAAUCUCGUUUAAAGUUUGCUAAACAGCAUCUUGACAAGCCUGUAGAAUACUGGGAGAAUGUUGUCUGGUCAGACGAGACCAAAAUUGAACUUUUCGGCUGUCAUACUACACACCAUGUUUGGAGAAGAAAUGGCACUGCACAUCACCCAAAAAACACUAUACAAACAGUGAAAUUAGGAGGUGGAAGCAUCAUGGCAUGGGGUUGUUUCUCAUCUAGUGGUAUUGGAAAACUUCAUAUAAUUGAAGGAGCAAUGAAUGGAGCCAUGUAUCGGGAAAUUCUUGAUAUGAACCUGUGGCCAUCCACCAGGAUGAUGAAGAUGAGACGUGGCUGGUACUUCCUGCAGGACAAUGAUUCAAAGCACACGGCAAAGUUAACUCUCAAAUGGUUUAAAAAAAAGAAAAUUAAUCUGUUGGAAUGGCCCAGUCAAUCUCCUGAUAUAAAUCCAAUUGAACAUUUGUGGAAGGAACUAAAGAAAAGGGUUCACCAGAGGGCACCAAAAGACAUUCAAGAUUUAAAGGCAAUGGCCCUCAUUUAUCAAGCUUGCGCAGAUCUGAGUGCAGGAUUCAUCCUACGAUAGGACACACAUGAGAUUUAUGAAAGGGUUCGUAUCUGACCAAUCCCAGCGUACGUAUGAUCGGGUCUUGAUAAAUGCGGCGGCUGAAAUAGAUCGUCAUUAACAUGUUCACGCCCUUAAAUAUUCAUGGUUCAGAAGCCUCGCCCACUAAGGUCAAACAUGAAAGAGUAGAAAUAUUACAAAGAUUCAAAACUUUUCCGAGCUGAAAGUGGAUAUCCUAACAUCUGUGCUAACAAGGAUUUUCUCUUUGGAAGCAUCAAAACUGAGGCCAACUUUUAUGGAUUUCUAUUGGAUUUUUAUCACUGAAUAAAUAGCAAGAGCACUUUCUAAACUUAUAUUGUGCAUUUCAGAAUCCAUCAAUAAGGUCCUGUCUCCUCUGUACAGCACCAUUGUGGAGUCUCUCCUCGUUAUUGUUCUCCGGGCAUCAGGUCCUCAUGUUGCACCGGCACAGCCAAUGGCACUCCAUUCGCCACUGCAACAUUGUGCAAAACUGUACUGGCCCAAAUGAUGUCCCACACCCUUUCAGAAGUGUACAACAACAUCCCCGCAGCUGGGCCAAGACAGAGACAGCUGCCUUUUAGGAAUCAAACGCAGCGCUCCACAGUGGCGCGUGUGCGUGAGGGCAAUGUUAAAACGGCGCUCCUGCUCUGUGGCAGUGUUUCUGGGCAGGGUUAUCAAAUAGGCCUAUUCACUAAGGACAUAACAAAUUUAUUUUAUUUUGUUUACGUCUUAAUCUUUAAUGUGUUAAUCUUUUACUGUGUUAUUGCACUUAAUUCCAUAUAGUCAUUAUUUAUGGACUCAAAUGUUGUGAUUUCUUUUCAUGUGUGGAUGGCAGAAAUUAUCUUUGAAUUGCAUCUUUGGAAAUAAAUGUAAAGAGAAAAACAUUGACGCGUUCAAUACUUAUUUUCCUCAUUGUAAGAGAGAGCUGUGAUUGGUGGAGGGCAGUCCCAUCUGCAGCAUCUACUCUGUGGUCAAAGUCAAAUAAGACUCCAGCUGCUGUGAUUUUUCCUCUCUCUUUGUGUGUUUUUAACUUGUUGAAUGUGCAGCUUUCACUAACAGAGAGCGAAAUCAGCAAAAUCGGAACAAUCAAAGUGGAGGGGAUCAUAAACCCCACCAAUGCAGAGAUGGACCUCAAAGAUGGAGUGGGUGAGCAAGACACUCAUAAACAGCUGAACAGACUGUAGAGCUCCUCAUGUAGAGCUCACCUGCUGCUGCUCUGUUUUCAGGUAACGCGUUGGAAAAAGCUGGAGGCCGCGAGUUCCUGGAUGGAGUCAAGGAGCUACGGAAAGCACAGGGGCCUUUGGAGGUGGCAUCAGGUACAGACUGUCACACUCAGAGUCUUUGUGCAGUUUGAAAACAGAAAUCCACAUCUAUUAUUUGACAACUAUCAACACAUUUACUUCAGGCUGAAGGCAGAGAAAGGAGCUCACUCAGUGCUGCACUGACGCCCACAGGUGCUGCAGAAGAAUUACUGAUGGUCUUCCAAAGACCCCUCUUGAAUUUAUGGUUUAAUCUUUAUAUAUUUGGCUGGAAGAAUCUACUCAGCAGACUGAAGAACAAACACAGGCAAAGUAACAAGGGUAGCAAAUAUUAAACCAAUACAGAGAAAAUAUCUAAGGAGAUUGCAGAAACGAAAAAAAACAAGGCUUCAGUUUACUGGGAAGCAUAAAGAUUUGACUCUGGAGCAAUGGAAGAAGGUCAUGUGGUCUCAUGAGUCCAGAUCAGCCUUGUUCCAGAGUGACAAGUGCAUCAGGGUAAGAAGAGAGGUAGGUGAAGUGAUGCACCCAUCAUGCCUGGUGCUUACUGUACAAGACCAUGGGGGCAGUGCUGUGAUCUGUGGUUGCUGCCGUUGGUCAGGUCUAGGUUCAGCAACAUUAUGUGCCCAAAGAAUGAGGUCAGCUGACUACCUGAAUAUACUAAAUGACCAGGUUAUACAGUAUAUUUGGGCAAAUUCCAAGAUGACAAUGCCAGGAUUCAUCGGGCUCAAAUUGUGAAAGAGUGGUUCAGGGAGCAUUAGACAUCAUUUUCACAUAUGGAUUAACCACCAGAGUCCAGACCUUAACCCCAUUGAGAAUCUUUGGGAUGUGGUGAAGAAAGCUUUGCACAGUGAUCAGACUCUUCCAUCAUCAGAACAAGAUCUUGGUGAAAAUUUAAUGCAACACUGGAUGGAAAUAAAUCUUGUUACAUUGCAGAAGCUUAUCCAAACAAUGCCACAGAGAAUAUGUACUGCAAGCAAAGCUUAAGACGGUCCAACAAAAUAUUAGAGUGGGUGAGCUUUUUUUUUUUUGAGCGGGCAGUGCAGCUCUGGUGUUGUUGUGUGAGAGGUUUGUUUGCCUCUGUUCUCACAGUCUGUGUGAUGGUAAUCAUUUAGAAAACAGUCUUCUCUUGUGCUCAAGUCAUGAUCUGACAUAUGUGGUGUUAUAUCUUUGUGCCACACAGUGGCGGUGAGCCAGGCAAGUGGGAUGGCAGCCCGCUUCAUCAUCCACUGUAACGUCCCUCAGUGGGGUUCAGAGAAGUGCGAGGACCAGCUGGAGAAGACGGUGAAGAACUGUCUGUCUGCUGCAGAGGAGAAGAAGCUGAAGUCUGUGGCUUUCCCUUCACUUCCGGCUGGACGGUGAGCUCGCUCAGAGUCACAUCACCCACUUGGUCUAUCAGAGUGGACCCCUCCACAGCAGUUUGAACAUUUUUAGUAUAACAACACCAUGAGGCACAUUUUGUCCAAAUGUACAGGGAACCUUCCGUUUAGGGAAGUGAAGGUUUCUACAGCCUGAAGUCCUGAGGGCAGGUUAGUCCAGGACUGUUCUUUGGUGAAUCAAGUCUUGCACACAACUCUUGAUUUCCUGCUGAACUUUUGUUAGCAGCAGGUGAGCUGUGCUGAUGAUUCAAAACACCAGGGUCCCUGCCCGCUCCUCUCUCAGCUCAGCUGGUGCCUACAUGUAAAUGAAACGGUCAACAACAGGAUUUAUUGAUAGAUUGACCUGCAAAAACUCCUAGGGCAUCCCUAUCAUUCAGGGAAGAACUCCUCCUGUGUGACCCCCCCCCCCUCCCCCCCCAAACACAUGUCCUGUCUGAAUUUUAGAUGUCAAUUCAGGGCCUUUUUUACCCCACUGAUAUCUUGUUCAGAUCCCCCCCCCCCCCCACCCCUCCCCCCAAAGUUCCUGGACCGUUGGAAAGUACACCACCAUGGGCAGGGACUAAUCAAAGGGUAGUGCUAAAUCUAGACCCCUGUUCCUCAAAAGGGUUCUGGGUCCUGGGGAAAGUCUGUACUGCCAAAAAGCACCAAAUUACUGAGACACUUUCCACUCUGAAGCCUUUUCAGCUGAUCAUUUUGUCCUCCAAGAUUCUCCGUUUCAUAUCAGUUAACUCAGUGGUUUAUAAGCGCUCACAGCAGAUGGAGUCCACCACAAGACUCUCAAAGCUGAACAGAGCGUCCAAAAUCAGCUGUGGUUCACUCCUGAAGGUCAUGAUCUCUGUCAUAUUCGGGCUUCGGCUGCAGAUUUCAGGUUUGUCCAGUUCACUCAGUGGAGGUAUUUUGCUGUCUACCAGCUGCUCAUCCUGUGUGAGUCAGAGGUCUUGGCAAAGUUUACAGCUUCAGAGCUCAGACAUAUCUGACAUCCAUACAAACUGGACAAACACACUGAAACAUCAAAGUGAGUGUGAAAAAGAAACGUCUGAAGUGUUGACACAUUGGAGCUGCACGUUUGUUUUCCAGUUUGACUUUGGGAUUUAUCAGCAGUGACAUUAUUGUGAGACAUUUUUCAUCACCGCUGACCUCUGCAGGGUCUCCUGUGUUUUUACUGCUGUUGUUGCAGAGAUGUAAUCAAAGUGUCUGAAUGAACCAACAUCCUGCUCCCCCACAUGAAUCAGCAGAGCUUCAUGUCUCAGCAGACUCAAGAGAAUCAGUCACCCGGUGUGUUGGUGAAGUGGCGGAGCAGAGUGGUGGUCAUGACGACGUGAGGGCUCGUAGUUCCUGUUCCCCACGGUUCCUCUGCUCUUUGUGUCUGAGUACGUCCCGUUCCAAGUGUCCUCUUUUAACAGUCCGUCUCUGUCUCUCAGGAAUGGUUUUCCAAAGCAAACGGCCGCCCAGCUCAUCCUCAAGGCCAUCUCCAACCAUUUUGUGUCGUCCACCAGCUCCUCUCUGAAGAACAUUUACUUUGUGCUGUUUGACAGUGAGAGCAUCGGGAUUUACCUUCAGGAAAUGGCCAAACUGGACACCAAGUGAGGAUCCUGCUGUCCCUGUUUGUUUUUCUAACUGUUGUUUGUCUCUGCAGGUGUAGGUAGCUGAUAUGGCAGUAGGAGUUUUUUCAUGUGGAAUCUGUUUUUCAGUUUCAGAGGAAAAAAAAAAAACAAUAUUUGUGAGUGGAGUGCUGUUCACGUUUCUGUUCCACUGUCCCUUCAAUAUCAAAUGGUUCUUUUUAGAUGAGAUCCUUUAAACCCACACCGUUUGUGUUCAGGUUUCAUCCAUGUUUUUACAUUCCAUGUACAAAUUAGGAAUGGGAAUUUUAAGAUUGAUGAAUCAAUCAUUGAUUUAUGGUGCUCAUUCCUAGUACAAAUAUAACCCUUUCUUUUCUCCUGCCUCUGUAGUUUCUGAUACAUUUAGUUUACUAAAAAAAAAAAAAAAAAGAGUGUGGUUCUCAUUCUGCUUUGAAAUAAAAACUCUAAUGUUUUACACCUGAGACCUCUUAACCUC